GGCUGCGCGAAGGAGGCUCGUCUCCUGCAGGCGGAGCUCCGGCGUCUCCUUCCACUAGAACCCGCCGCCCUGGUCGCAGGGGAGAGGGGGGGGCGCAGGCAGAUGUGAGCGAGAGGGGCUGCAGCUCAGUGACGAUCCAGCUGUGAAGGCGACAGAAAGGCGCUCUUGCACAAACAUGUGGCAACCCGCGACGGAGCGACUGCAGCACUUCCAAACGAUGCUGAAGACCAAGCUCAAUGUGCUAACCCUGAAGAAGGAGCCGUUGCCCACCGUGAUUUUCCAUGAGCCAGAGGCCAUUGAGCUCUGUUCUACUACACCGCUGAUGAAGAACCGGACUCACACGGGAUAUAAGGUGACAUACCUUGGUAAGGUGACUAUCACGGGGACGCAGUUCCUGUCUGGAUGCACAGAGUCGGCUGUCAUUGGCCUGUGGGAGCGUAGAGCCCUUGUGCAGGAGGACGUCCUCCCCGCCAACGCCAUCCUGGAGAUCCGACCCUUCCAGGUGAGGCUGCACCACCUGGAUGGCCGAGGGGAGGCCACCAUUGCCAUGGACACUUACCAAGUGGCGCGCAUUGCCUACUGCACAGCCGACCAUAACGUCAGCCCCAACAUAUUUGCCUGGAUCUACCGUGAGAUCAAUGACGACCUCACCUUCCAGAUGGACUGCCACGCUGUGGAGUGUGAGGGUAAGCUGGAGGCCAAGAAGCUGGCGCAUGCCAUGAUGGAAGCCUUCCGCAAGACGUUCCAAAGCAUGCGCAGCGAUGGUCGCAUACACAAGAGCAGCUCUUCCGAUGAGUUCCCUGAAGACUCCACGCCAGAAGACGGCUGAACUGGCGCACUGCAGGCCACGUAUGGGAACGGAAUGCCCUCUGAAUUUACACAAUUACCAACCAAUUCGGAACAAAACAAUGGGCCAAAACCGAUAACAAUUACAGUAGACCAUCGCAGAAAAACAAUAUACAACCAAGAGAAACAAUGCACAGCCAACACAGAACAGCAGCGUUUGAUCACAAGUGUAAUGGUAACGGGCAUAAAACACAGUAAUUGUCGUCCACAAGGACCCAUCAUUCUGGACAAACCCAAACAAUAGCUGACUUAGAAUGUUGCAGUAGUUUAUAAAGCAAAGCAGAAAAAAAACACUGAACGUAGAAUGGAGGGGAAAAAAAAGUGAAUUUUUAAGCAUUCCUUCCACAUUUGUGGCUGAUCACACCAUAAAGCAUACGUGAUUAAGAGAUUUGCAUUUUUUAAAACAGUUACUCCUGUAUCCUAAGCUGCUGCUGCCCUGUGGAUGCUGGAGAAGUGGCUUUUCUGAGAAACUUUCGCACCUGUCCCAGUUGCCCUCUUCCCAGUGGAUCUGUCAUGGCUCUUUUCAGACGUGGAUCUUCUCGACAGUGACUGGAAGACAUAGCCCACAAACCCCAAGCACCGAACCCCUUUUCAAAUAACUGGCGGUUUUCCCUUUCUUUUCAAGAUAGAGAAGGGUAAAAACUGUCUGAAGGUCUUUUUUUGAAGAGCCUGUGUGUCAGUGUUAGUUUGAUCUCACUGUGUUGAAGCAGUCUUCAGACGGAAAAGCAAAUCCUGCGAUAUUUAAUCUUUACUGGUUUUCGACCCCUCACAGGGCUAGACAUGACUGUUUUCUUUUGCGAAGUACCAAACAUAAAGAAGUUCUCAGCAGGGUUGUCACUGCACAUUGUGUUCUUUGCUUCACUCUCUCUGACCUGUUGAGCUUCAGCCCCGGCGCGAGACAUGCCAACAUGCAACUGUCUUACAGCAUUCCACAAAUGCUAUGGAAACGUGACAUGCUUUUUUUUUUCAGCACAUGGCUCAGGUGAAACCAGCAAUGUGCCAGAGUGCAGGGAAGUGGGGAAGUGAUGGUGGGGACCAAGCUUUGGACUCUGAGCAGGGUCCAGUACAGAGAGUGACAGACUGCUGGCUAUGCUGCUGUUUUACGUGCCGCUGAGCCAUUGGUGGGGGCGAGAAGUUGCUCAGGUGGUUGACCAAAAGCCAACUGCACAUUGACCGUGCUGACCAGUGUGAAACAGUGUGAGCCAGUGCUCGCUACAAUGUAUGAUUGUAUCAUUUGUGCUGCCUGCUCCUUUCAGCAACUGCUUAAUUUUGUGGGUCCUCUUUGUUCUGGUUUUACGUAUUUUAAGCGCUUGUUCAACAGAACAGGGAUCCUAAGGGGCAUGUGUAUUAGUGCAGAAUGAAAUGUACGAAUUUAGUCUGUGGCUCUCGUGUCUUGUACAGCCACUCAGCUGUGUGUUGAUUUGGAAUGAUGUUUAACACCUUUGUGAGAAAACCGGAUGUUGCCGUUCAAUUGCCAUGGAUUUUAAAGCAAAUACACCUGAAUAAAGGAGGUCCUAUAUGUCAUAUAUAUUUCUAAAAUUAUUCCGUAGCUAUUAAAUAUUCAGAUAUUACAGCAUACAUGUUUAUAGUUAUUUUAAAUGAUCAACAAGCAAGAAAAACAGUGUUUAAUCAACUGUGAAUAAGUAGAAAUCCUGUCGUGCUGGAUGUUUAAGCCAUGUGAAAUCAUAGCUGUACGUGGGGAUAUAAGUGUACAAAAAAAGAAUGUCUAUGGAGAUGAUAGUUUACUGUGUUCUGUUUUGGUGCCUGGAUUAGCUUUAAAUGAUUCAUAAUGUGUGUGUUUUAUAUACAGUAUUUGCAAAGAUAAAAAGGAACUAUU